GCACAAAAUAUGCUCUUUUGCAAUAACACCUACUCUUUUAUUGUCUCGCGAGGAGAGAAAUUAGUUUUUCAGCAAUAAAAAUUCAUCAAACGAAUAAAUGGAAAUUUUUUCUUCAGAUCGAUUGAUCCUAGCGAACAGGUUGAGCUCCGUUAGGUCGUGCGCCACAGCGAAUCCUUUUCAAUUGUUCAUCUUUUCAUAUAUAUCUUGGGCGAGAUUCAGAAGGAAGGAUCAAUGCAAAGAGGACGUCCGAGAGGACCGCCACUGUCCGAGGAAGAAGUGAAGAAAAAGAGGGAGGAGAAAAAUAGAAAGGAUAGAGAGUAUCGGGCCCGAAGGACGUGUGAAUUCAACUUAUAUAAGGCCUUUUGUGAAGAGCCCGAAAUUGCUGACUUGUUCAAAGCCUUCAAGGAAAAGAAAGAACAAGAGUUCAAGGAAGAAUUAAAGGAGCUUGAGAAAG